AUGGAUCUGAUCAAUUCUACUGAUUACCUGAUCAAUGCCUCUACUUUAGUAAGAAACAGCACUCAGUUUCUAGCUCCUGCAUCAAAAAUGAUUAUUGCCCUUUCUUUGUACAUUUCAUCUAUAAUUGGUACCAUCACCAAUGGCCUCUAUCUAUGGGUGCUAAGAUUCAAGAUGAAACAGACUGUCAAUACUCUCUUAUAUUUUCAUCUCAUUUUCUCAUAUUUUAUUUCAACAUUGAUUCUGCCAUUUAUGGCCACCUCCCAACUUCAGGACAAUCACUGGAACUUUGGAACUGCCUUGUGCAAGGUCUUCAAUGGCACUUUGUCUCUGGGGAUGUUCACCUCUGUUUUCUUCCUUUCGGCCAUCAGUCUUGAUCGUUACCUUCUCACUCUUCACCCAGUGUGGUCCCAGCAGCACCGAACCCCACGCUGGGCUUCUGGCAUUGUCCUAGGAGUCUGGAUCUCAGCCGCUGCCCUCAGCAUCCCGUAUUUGAUUUUCAGAGAGACACAUCAUGACCGUGAAGGAAAGGUGACUUGCCGAAAUAACUAUGCUGUGUCUACUAACUGGGAAAGCAAGGAGAUGCAAGCAUUAAGGCAGUGGAUUCAUGUAGCCUGUUUCAUCAGCCGCUUCUUCCUGGGCUUUCGUCUGCCUUUCUUCAUCAUCAUCUUUUGUUAUGAAAGAGUAGCCAGCAAGGUGAAAGAGAGGGGCCUGUUUAAAUCCAGCAAGCCCUUCAAAGUUAUGAUGACUGCCAUUGUCUCUUUCUUUGUGUGUUGGAUGCCCUAUCAUAUACACCAGGGUUUACUUCUCACUAAGAACCAGUCACUACUUUUAGAGUUGACUCUGAUACUUACAGUGCUAACCACUUCUUUCAAUACUAUCUUUUCUCCCACACUCUACUUAUUUACUGGGGAGAACUUCAAAAACGUCUUCAAGAAGUCCAUUCUUGCUCUGUUUGAGUCAACAUUUAGUGAGGAUUCUUCUGCAGAAAGGACCCAAAACCUAAACUCAGAAGCCUAAAUUGAAUUUCCAGAUGCUUAAGCAAACAUGCACUUGCUCAAUUAUACCAACAGAGAUAUAACUUCUGCUUUUGUAUGCUAUAGUCCUUAUAGUAGAGAGAUAACUAGGCCGCACUAUUGUUAGAUCUCUGAGUAACAAAAGGGCUGCAAGAAA